AUGGUUCAACAGAGAGGCCACCAAGGCAACUCGGCCCGGUCUCUGACCAUAGCCAUGGGUAUCUCUCUAGCCGGUUAUCUGGUACCAGAAGAUCAAAUGCUGAGAAUAAAAGAUCCGCCAGUUCUUCUUUAUGGUCUAAACACGGGAACCAUUGCCUCGACAAUGGCUUCCUUAGCGACUUUUCGAACAAUGCUUACAUCAAGGGUGGCAUUGUCUGCAGCUAUUACGCUGGAUCCUGUAUUGGCAGUGCUGGCGCUGGCCGGUCCAUGGACAAACUGUCACGCCGCUGGUCGAUCCUUCUCGGCUCAGUUGCUUCCAUAA